AGCACUUGCUGAUCUACUUGUUCAGUAUAAAGUCCAUGGUGUUCCAAGUUCUCAAGCAUUGCAGUGAAGAGAUGGAAGCAGCAAUGAGGUACAUUUGCAUGCUCUGUUUUCUUGUGGUUCUUAGCAUUGCAGGGUUCAGUGGGGUAGAUGGAGCUGGUGAAUGUGGAAAGUCUUCUCCAGAUAUGGAAGCUCUGAAGCUGGCUCCUUGUGCAUCUGCAGCGCAAGAUGAGAAUGCUGCGGUGCCCAACGGUUGCUGCGUUCAGGUGAAAAAAAUGGGACAGAAACCAAGCUGCCUGUGUGCAGUUUUGCUUUCUAAUACCGCUAAAAGUUCUGGAGUAAAGCCAGAAGUUGCCAUCACUAUUCCCAAACGUUGCAACAUUGCCGAUCGCCCUGUGGGUUACAAGUGUGGAGCUUACACAUUGCCUUGAAGAAUAAAGAUUUCCUAGUCUUGUCCUUGAGAAUGUUGUGAUUCACUUUCGUAAACACCAGUUUACCAGAGUCAGAGUAUGCUAGCUAGUUCUUCUAGCUAGUAGUUUACUGUCGUUUCCAACAUCUGACUGAUAAAUAAAUUACUGGUUGGUUCUGUUUACACUGCGGUGACGAUAAUUGUGGUUUUUGUGGAUUUU